GAAGUCACAAACAGCCAAUAGGGAAUACAACUAAGUAGAGUAAUAUGACAAACUAAACCAAAAAUGUAUGUAAUAAUAUAUAUAUAUAUAUAUAUAUAUAUACAUAUUGUGGGUGGAGAUCAAAAGACAGCGCAUGUUACACAAUCUCACAUGGCCUUCUCCUCUCCUCAUCAUCCUAAUCAUAUAAUGGCGUUUUCCGAAGAAAUCUUGAUGGCCACUCCAUUUCCCAGGUACCCAUUUCCUCAAAUUCUCCCUCUUUCUUCCCUUUUGGUCAAAUCUCUUCACUCCCCAUGGACCCAAUCAAUCCCUCUCUUCAUCAAUCUUCUCCUUCAAGCGAUGCUCCGCUCAUUGAUGAAGCUUUGGAUCUUUUAGAGCUUUUUUGGUUCUUUGACAAUCUUCUUCUUAGGAGGAACCCCAGGAUGUUGAUCUCCCGCUCUGAUCCCUGUCUUUCUAAACUUCCCCACCAGGUGUUUGUUGAAACUCCUCCUACUAAUCUCCGCUCACCUGCUUUGGAUGCUGGUGUUUCCCUCCAGAAUAAUGGUGAUGGUGUUGUACGUCGGAAUCUGCUUCGAACGCCGUCCUUACCCUCCCGUAUGUAUCGUGGUCAGGGAAUUCGAGAGGAAGGAAAUGGUUCUAGGCCGUUGGUGGAACAUUGUGUGCUUCUUGAAACUCCUGUUGAUAAUGUUUGCUCAUCUUCUUUGGAUAUGGAUGUUUCGAGUGGAAAUCCUGCUGGCAAAUGUAGGAAUCUCCUCCGAACUCCAUCGUUACCGCCCCGUGUGGAACAAGGGGAAGGAAUUAAAGAGAAAGUAAAUGACGCUGGGCCAUUAUCUGAGCAUGGUGUGUUUGCAGAACGUCCUGCUGAUAAUGCCUGCUUAUCUACUUUGGAUAUGGGUUUUUCACCGGGAAAUAGUGGAGAUAAACGUCGGAGUCUUCGCCGAAUUCCGUCAUUACCAUCCCGUGUGGAACGAGAACAAGGCAUUCAAGAGAAAGGGAAUGGUUCCAAGCCAUUAAUAGAGCAUGGUUUGCUUCAAAAACCAGCCAAACCACCUUAUGUUGAGAGGAAAGAAGAAGGAACUCGGUGCAAAGAAAGUGGCAGCACUCGGAGGAGCAAAUCGGCGAGGAAACCACCGCAGAGUAAUCUGCUGAGAACACCAUCCUUGCCACCAUGUAUAGGGAGGGAAAAGGAAUUUGGAGAAAGGGAAGCUGCUGCUAGAAUCAGAAACUCUAUUCAACCAAACCUUUCUGAAUUCUUCCCCACCAGACAAGAGAUUCUUGAAAAGAACUUCAGCCUCCCAAUGUGUCGAAUCCCGACAAGCAGUGACGAAGUGUGGCACCAAUUUCUCAUCCAAAUGAGGAAGAGAAGAAGCCAAAGUGAAUUAGAAUCAGAAGAAGUGCAAGGUUUCAAGGACUUAGGAUUCACAUUUGACAAAAAAGAUAUAAACCCAACAGUGGUUGACAUAAUUCCAGGAUUAAGAGAGAAAAAAGAGGAAGAAUUGGAGAGUGAAAGAACUAGAAGGCCUUAUCUUUCUGAAGCUUGGAUGCUCCAAACUCAUCUCCUUCCUCCAAUUCCAAAAUGGGACACUAGAAAAUCAGCAGAAGACAUGAAACAACAAAUCAAGUUUUGGGCUAGAGCUGUUGCUUCUAAUGUGCACUCUACACAAGACUCAAGGGAAUUGGAUUGGAGUCCAAAUGAAUCUCACUUUAUUGGAGAAAGUAGGGUAAAAGCAUUUUGGCGCAGUGAAGAAAAGUUCUUCUUCCUCUUCCCCUAUCCCAUCUCCCAUAUUUGCAGACAUAGCAUAGCAAUCAAUCCACCAAAACCCCAUAACCCAUAUCCAUCAUCAUCCAUUAAACCUCCUCAAAUGUGGCACACCCAGAACCUUCUCUCCUCCAAUUUACCUCUUUUCACUCUCUCUCCUCCAACCUACAAUCAUAAACUCUUUCUCUCUCCUCCAACAACCCUCUCAUCUCUUCAUAGACCCAUCACCUUCCAUUCUAUUUCUCCACUCACAACCCACCGUUGUUUUUGUUUACCCCAAUUCACUGACCUUGCAGAUGCCACUUUUCUUGAUGAUAAUGGCCCUGUUGAACUCCCGCCCACCAUUUUUGCGACCACUGAUAACCCUUCCUCUCUUCAAGUUGCUACCAGUGUUCUUCUUACAGGGGCCAUCUCCGUCUUCCUCUUUCGUUCCCUCCGCCGCCGUGCUAAGCGGGUCAAAGAGCUGAAAUUUAGAUCUGCUGGAGUAAAAAAGUCUCUGAAGGAGGAAGCAAUGGACAGUUUGAAAGCAAUUAGUACAGGUCCAAUUGCAUCGAAGUCAACACCUUCACCUAUACAAGCAUUCUUGGGAGCAAUAGCAGCUGGUGUUAUUGCACUAAUUUUAUAUAAAUUCACCACUACCAUUGAAGCUGCUCUGAACAGACAGACGGUGUCUGAUAACUUCUCGGUUCGACAACUGACGAUAACGAUAAGAACUAUCGUGAACGGACUAUGCUACCUUGCAACAUUUGUUUUCGGAAUUAAUGCGAUUGGUUUAUUCCUUUACUCUGGUCAGUUGGCCAUGAAUUCUGUUAUGGAAGAAGGUUCCAAAGAUAAAGAACCUAAAGCUAAAAGGGAUGAGCAAGUUAGCCCGCCAACUUCAACAGCUGAAACGACCCUCAAUAGCACUGAAUCAAGCAACAGCAAGGAUGAUCAAAGUUCAAGUAAUUUGUAGUAGUAGAAGAGAACCCUCUCUGAUCAAACUUUGGCUGUGUUGGCAGCCAUUUGUAAAGGUGAUCUGCUCGGAUUUAGUCAUGCAUUUCAUGUCAUCUGUGAUAAUUAUAUUGGUAAUUGUACCUGCAAAAAUAUAUUUCUGCUUUGCUAAUAGCCUAACACAAAAUCUUGGAUGAACGAUGUAUAGAAGGUUGCAUACCAAUUUUUUUCC